AGCCGAAGAUGUCGGCUCGGUCAUGUGAUCAACUGUGUCCAAUCACAGCUGAUCACAUAGGAGAGCUGGUAAUCGGCUUUCCGCGGAGGGCACUGAUGAUCAGUAUGCCCUGAUGAUCAGUGUAGCCCCAGCAGUGCCACCUGUCAGUGUCCAUCAGUGCCUUAUGUCAGUGCCUCGUGCCAGUGCCACAUGCACACCAGUGCCACAUAUCAGUGCCCAUCUGAGCUGCCUUUCAGUGUCACCCAUCAGUGCCAGUCAGUGCCACCUAUCAGUGCUGCAAAUCAGUGCCACCUAUCAGUGCCACCUAUCAAUGCCAGUCAGUGCUGCCUAUCAGUGCCAGUCAGUGCUACCUAUC